AACGCAAUAUUCUAUUUAAAGAAUAAUGUUAUUGCUACAAAAGGUUCACAAAACAUUGAUAGACCAGUUUUCAAUUCUUGUCACAAGAAACAUGCAGUUAUUCAAGACCAAAGACCAAUAACUGAUCACAGUUUACAACAAUCAGAAUUUACAAGAGAUGCGUCAUCAAAUCGAUCAGUAGUCACUGAAGAAGAGAAUAUCUCGUUUCAAAAUUACGUUAUUCAGUUUUUAAACAAAAUAGUAGAGCAAAAUACAAGUAUAUUGGCUCAUAUAAAAUCUUUACAAUCAAUUAGUAAAAUGGAAACAAUACAAGAGAAUCUGUACGAUCGUCCAGACGGUCUUCCAUUAGCUACGGUGGAGGAAUUCAAAAGCUUUGAGUCGGAUACAGAUCGUUUACAUAUUUUACCAUUUUCUAUCCUAACUGGUUCAUCAGAUACAAAAGAAUCUUUGCACAAAAAUACAAACGAAAAUAAUUUGCCAAGAAGUCCAUCAAUACUCUCUAGACCAUAUCUAAGGAAGAAACUGAAACAAUCUCGACUUGCAUUUCAUCCAAUCAAAAAUAAUGAAAAAAGGAUACUGUCCUCAAGAAAGGACAUUUCAAAGCAACUUAACAUGCGAUGUAAAGCUGACCGAGCAAAGUUAAUCGGCUGGGAUUGUUGGGAAUGCAGAGAAUAUUAUAAGAAUUUGUCAUUAUCAAGAGAAAAUUUACGAAAACGAAAGAAUCAAUGCUCGCGACAUCGACAGAAAUAUGAGCGACCAAAUACACCAGAAGGUUUUUGGAAUCCGGAGUUUCCCGAGACAUUAUCAUACACUUAUUAGCAGAUAAUAAAAGCUGAAAUGAACGGAUUAUGAAUAUGGCGUUAGUGCAUACUAGUCUAUCCAAUCACAUUUGCCAUUUGUAAUUACAAAAAUAUUUCAAGAAUUGUUAUAUAUAUUUCUAUGUUAACAGAAACGAUAUCUCGGAUUCAUUGGAGGUAUUAAGUUGAGAGAGGCUUUACAUCGUUUUCAAAAAGAAACAAUGACUG